AUGAAGCUCUUCGAAUCUGCUGUACUUCUCUCCCUCUUGUCUUGCGUCUGCAAUGCCUCCCCCAAACCCAAAGCACCAUGGGUGAAUGCAGCUCGUACAAGACUCAUGAAGAGUUCCCACAUCAAUACCAAGAGAUAUUUGAAUACCACCACCUGCGUCCAGACCGAUCCUGUGACUGCCCAAGCACCCAAAAGUAACAUCUGGGUCGGCUUGACAGACGAUGAAGCUGCCAGCGUCACCAACUGGCUCUUUCACCAACCAGACCUCAACCUCACAGUCUCCGACAAGGCCGGCGAGUGGGAUAACAGAGUCCUCCUAGUCGAGCUCAACCAGCCUAACAAGAGCGACGCACUGGCAUACAUCGACAAUGGCAGCACACCACCAGCUCGAUACGCCCAUGUCGUACUAGACAUCCGAGCAACCCUCGAGCCAACAUACUCAGACAUCCUGGUCGGUCCUCUCCCCAUCCAAAACGGCACCACAACAUGGCAACCUCUCGAAUACCCAUACACGCGAAAGACGGGAGGAAGCGUACGGAAUCUCGAUGCAGACUACGACAGCAUGGACGCCUUCAUCAUGAACAUCACCAGCUCCAUCGAAGACAUCACCAUGAACCUGUGGGGAGGGUUCGCCAAAGGCCAAGACAACGACACCCUUGACGUAUGGGGCAUCGAUCCCCUCUGGCAAGACGACGGCAAACUCAUCAACUGGCUGACCUUCUGGAACAAAGCCACCGACGAAUUUGACGCCGAGACCCUCCUCCCCCUAGGCCUCUUCCUCAAAGUCGACGUAAACGGCCGCGAUCCCUCGAAAUGGUCCUUCGAAGGCUGGCUCUACAACGACAUCUUCUACCCAACCACCGCCGCAUUCCGCGAAGCCUUCUACACCCCAGGCUUCGUCCAACUCCCACCCAACGUCGAAGGCGAUUGGGCGAGGACAGACCGCAGAGGCGACCCCCUCCCUCUAGACGACGCCUCACCACCCGUCAUGACCGCCCCCGGCGGCUCGCGCUACACCAUCGACCAAGAAGCCAAAUACGUCUCCUGGAUGGACUGGACCUUCUACGCAGGCUUCAGUCGCGACCGCGGCCUCGCCCUCUUCGACAUCCGCUACAGAGGCCAACGAAUCCUGUACGAACUCGGUCUCCAAGAAGCCCUCGCGCACUACGCCGGCAACGACCCCGUACAAUCCGGAGUCGGAUACUUGGACUCCUACUACGGCUUCGGACCCUACGCCUUCCAGCUCGUGCCGGGGUAUGACUGUCCUGCGUACGCUUCGUAUAUGAAUACGUCCUUCUAUACCGAGGAGACGACGCACACGCACAUCAAUUCGAUUUGCUUGUUCGAGUACGACGCCGAGUACCCCAUGCAGCGCCACUCGACGGGCUCAUACGUCUCGAAUACGAAGAAUGUCUUCUUCACCGUGCGGUCGGUGUCGACGGUGGGGAAUUACGAUUACAUGUUCAGUUACUACUUCUACAUGGAUGGGAGUAUAAAAGUCGAAGUCCGCGCCUCAGGCUACAUCCAAUCCGCCUUCUACGCGCACAACCAAGACUACGGCUACCACAUCCACGACUCCUUGUCAGGAAGCAUGCACGACCACGUGCUGAAUUUCAAAGCCGACUUCGACAUCUACGGGACAGCCAACACGAUGCAACUGACGGCCAACGUCCCCGUGACGGAAUCGUAUGUGUGGAGCGAGAAACCGCGCAACACGAUGAAACUGCAGCGGAGGUUUGUUGAGAAUGAAGAUGAAUCGCAGCUCUUCUGGGAUGCCAAUGGAGCCACGCAAUACACCAUCCUCAACACCGCUGCCGUGAACAAGUUUGGUGAAUACAAAGGCUACCGCAUCCUCCCCUCCAGCCCCACAAUCCACCUCACCGUCCUCAACUCCUCCAACCUACGCAACACAAUAAACUGGGCCACCCACGACCUCUCCCUCACCCAACACCACGACACCGAACCGCGCUCCGCACACCCCUACAACAACCAAGACAUCCACUCCCCGCCCAUCGACUUUUCCAAAUUCUUCAACAACGAAAGCUUAAUCCAAGAAGACCUCGUGCUGUGGUUCAACCUGGGGAUGCACCACGUGCCGUCGACGCAGGAUCUGCCGAAUACGGUGUUUACGACGGCGCAGAGUAGUGUGCAUUUCAUGCCGUUGAAUUAUUUUGAGGAGGGGGAUGUGAGUCGGAGGACGAGGGGGAUGGUGAGGGUUGAUUAUGGUGGAGGGGAUGUGAGUGAGGUGGAGACGUUUGGGCAGGGGGUGCCGGGUUGUCAGGUGGAUUUGGGGGCGGAGGGGAGGGAGUUGGAGGCGGAGUUGUGGGGGUAUACUGGGGAUGUGGUGAUAAGGAAGUUUCCUUUUGAUCCGAAUGAUCCUUAUUUCGACUCGGAUAGUAUCGUUUGA